GUGGCACGUGGCGUAGAGAACAAUGCAAGGGAAACGCUAAUUGUUAUUAACUCAUACCAUAUCGGUAAAUAAUUCAUUAUUGCACUACUCUCUUGUUUCCGGACUGGUAAUAGACCCGUCAACGCGACUGCAUACUGAGCAGACAGGCGCGCUAUGCGUUAAUCAGACAUUCCAGAUUAAUUAGUUAAGCAAUUGCACGAGAAGGGCGGAAGUAUAUUGAAGGGACGGUAGGGAGCUGGCUAUACACGCAAGGAUAACUGCAUUACGCUGUGAUGGCUUUACACGUAGAUAGAGAGUGAUGGGCGCUGGCAGGCAGGCAGGCAGCAUAACACAGCCCCUCGCGCAGAACAUUCCAAUGGCCGCGAGCCACAAAGGACAACGGACAAUCCGUCCAUUGUCUGGUCCGAUUUGAAUUGUACUAUAAAUGCUUAGCUAGAUAACGCAACACCAGGGCAUUCCAUUCCAUUGUUUCUAUAAUGUGUUUGUUUUUUUUGAUUAGAUAUUUGUUUUAAAAAAUAAUGUCAUUCCAAUGCCGUUUGGUGCAUUACUAUUAUUAUGAUAAUGAUUAUGUUUCCUUCUACUUUUCCAUCAAUCGUAACCUCCUUUAACUGCACUAACACCUGACAACACUUUGAUACCUUUGAUUCGUCCAUUAGGCAUGCUAAUACGGUAGAGUGUAAGUGUUUAGCUUCUAAGUUUGGAUAUUUUAAACAUGUUUGCAUUAUGCUACGAAACAGGGCGCAACAACAAUACCUUCCAUGUUUUGUUAGUUUAAUGCGUCCAGCGCUGCUACACAUCGCGUGAUGAAUGCUGAGCCGUACUUUUUUAAAACAGUUUUUUUAUAUAGUUAGCUUUAAUCGUUUUUUUUUUAUGGACCGUUAACACACUUAUACCGUGCCUUCCAAGAAGGGGCAACCCUUUCACCUUCAACCGUGCUUUAAAUUCAUUAUCCUUUGAACAUUCCACCGCGAUACACGAUAUGCUAGUGAAGGAACAGUAAAGGUAUCCAUAAUAGGAGUGUUAGACAGAGAACCGAUACGCGCAGCGGUCGGAAGUAAACCACACUCUACAUCUGGGCGCUAUCGAGCACAUUUGACACGCACGCACUGUUUAAUUGAACAUUUGGUUGGUAACACUCUCGAGUCAGGACUCACUGCAGUCAGCAGCAGAGGAACAGGGGGUAGCCAGAUAACGGAAAGAGGCAAAGCAGCGGGCCGUAAAUGUAGUUAAACUGGUAAAGGCGCGGAGCUCUUCACCGGAACCGGAAGCCCUAUGAUUAAUUUGUGUGUGUUUGUGUGUUUGGUGUUUUGACUUGCAAAGACAACACAAAUAAUAUAUGCAUAUAUAAAUAUCUUUUUCAUAUACAUAUACUAGUUUAAGGACGUUCAUCGACAAUAAUAUAAGCGAUUUAUUUUUU